CUGUGAUGUCAAAUCGAAUUUUCAGCAGUCUUCAGUGUCACGUGAUACUUCAGAAAUCAUCAUGCGUCCAAUAAUAAAUUGUGUCUCAUGUAAACACCUUUUCUAUAAAUAACAAUACUUAUAUUAGCCACAAGGUGGCACCCAAUGAUUAGAUAGAUACAGAAGUUCUCCCUUUUCUCAUCUUAGCUGUAUUGGUGAAUGGUAUGGCUAGAUUCCAAACUAAAUGGGUCUUACCAGGUUAGCAGACCAGGUCCCUCCUGAAAUAAGCAGACACCUCAUAAUAUUCAAAAAGCUUCAAAAGAUAUCAGAUAAUCUAUAAGUUCCCCAUGCCUAGUGUGCAUUAAACUGACUAGCAGGCAGCAGGAAUGAAUCAAUCGACAACAAUAAAUGUAGAAAACCCACACUUCAGUCUUAUCUGAAUGUGAUAGUGUGACCCCUUGUUUAAUACCAACAGCUGCUUUGCAUGUCCAGUCAGAUAUUUUUAGGGAUGACAAGCACAGAGGAGACUUGCACACAAGUUUUUAAAAGGCAAAAGGACAACAGCUCAAGCUAUCACUCCACACAAAACACCGUAAAGGACACUCUUUUGAUGGCCAGAUUUGAUCACAUGGCCCUUGCGAUGAAGAGUGCAUGGAUAGCUGUGCUUUUUGUGAUAAUGGCAGCCAGACUGGGCGUCUCUCAGGAGGAGAACACAGCUCUGACUGAGAAGGACAGCAGGGAACCUUGUGCCCGCUGGAUGAGGGGUGUUUCUGGAACACCAGGGUUCAAUGGAAUCCCCGGACGGGAUGGACGUGAUGGGCAUGAGGGGGACAAGGGAGAUACCGGAGAUCCAGGCUCCAAGGGACCAAACGGAGAGCCAGGUGAAACAGGGGACGAGGGAUUUGCAGGCAAAAGAGGAUUUCCUGGAAACCCAGGUCUGAAAGGAGAACGUGGAGAGGGUUCCUUUCCCUACCACUCGGCUUUUAGCAUGGGACUUACAGGUAAAAGCCCCGCUAGUGGAGCUCCAAUCCGCUUUACAAAGACCUUCUACAAUGAGCAGAACCACUACGAUGACCUCUCUGGAAAGUUUCGCUGUGAAAUCCCUGGGAUCUACUACUUUACUUAUCACCUCACUAUCAACGGGAAGGAGACCAAGGUAGCGAUGUUCCAAAAUGGCCGGACUGUGGCCUUCACUCUUGACCAGUUCCACAACGGAAAUCUAGAUCAGGCCUCUGGAGGAACGAUUUUAAAUCUUUCUGCUGGAGAUGAGGUUUGGCUUCAGUUGUAUGAUGACAUAUUUGAUGAAGGGAUUUAUGCUGAUAUCAACAAUGACUCCACUUUCACUGGCUUCCUUUUGACUCCUAAAAUCUUAAGCAACCCAUUUGACAACCGCAGACGAUGACACCAUCUGUAUGCAAAUGUUCACUUAAUCUCAUUGAACAGUUUAAUGCAGCAUGCAAAGAUUAUUUGCAGUGUUUUAUAUAUAUAUAUAUAUACACAGGCCAGAUCACAGAGAGUCUGCCUGCCCACCCACUAAACAUCACAUCUAGCCAACUGGCUUUUUUUCAGUGUAGUUUUGCACACAUAAUCCUUGCAGAUAUUUUAAUCCAAGUUCAAGAUCAGUAUAUGUCAUCAUAAAUGCUGAGCUAUUACCUUAUAAUUAUAUUUUACUUUAGAGUGUGUUUUUGGGUGUAAAAUACUUGCAAUCUUGUUGUAGAAGUCCUUAAUUGCAGUUAGUAUAGCAUUGUUUUUAACCAAAAUAGCUUCGCAGCUGAUUUAUAUUUAUUAAUGUUAAUUGUGCGGUUUCUGUCACACCUUUAAUUGUGUUUUGUAGGAACCUCUUCAUUAUGGAAUGAUUUAGCAUCUCUCUUAACCCCCAAAGCAGUUAACUGAAAAUCCUGCUAAUUAUAAGAUUGCUGUUGUGAAAACUGUGAAACUACUAAACUUUGAAAGGAGAAUGUGUACUGGUGGGGUGCUUAUUAAAUAUGGAUUUAUAUGCUAA